GGAGUAUUCAUGAAUAAGUCGCUGCGGUGACUAGCCAUUGUAAGAAUGAAGUACAAAUGUAAAUAACUCCACUUAAUUCGAACGAUUUUUUUUCAAUCAAUUUAUGUUCGGCUCCGUUUUGUGUUCAUUGUUUCGUUACGAUAGAGUGGUAGUUUGCGAACCCUGCAUUCAAGUGUUCGUGUGUGUGCCUCGAAGAUGUCGAAAAAUAAAAUUGUUAUGAAAAGUGCAUAUUAUGACAGCAACAAAGUGGAAGUUAAAAGUAAAUUUGAUGCAGAAUUUCGUCGUUUUGCCGUCGAUCGAGAUACUCAAGCGCAAUUCGAACAAUUCCGAUCCCUUUUAGAGCGUCUUCACAAAUUGAAAGAUAUCGCCUUUUUAGUGUCUUAUAUCGAUCCAAGCGACCAAGACUUACUACCAAUUAACAAUGACGAAAAUUUACGCAGAGCCUUACUUAAUGCUAAACCCCUCCUUAGAGUUAUUAUUCAAAGAAAAGGGGAUAGUUUAGAAGAACUGAAUGGUUAUGGAACGAUGAAACCGCGAAAUUUAAUUUCUAGUAUCCUAGGAGGAGCCCCAACGCGACACAAAACCUUAGCCAUUUCAAAUCCCCAUGACUUUCGUCAAGUGUCGGCAAUCAUAGAUGUUGAUAUCGUACCGGAAACGUGUCGAAGGGUAAGGUUAUUAAAACACGGUUGCGAUAAACCUUUAGGUUUUUACAUUCGCGACGGAACGAGCGUACGAGUCACGCAAAAUGGAUUGGAAAAAAUUCCGGGGAUUUUUAUUUCCCGUUUAGUACCUGGUGGUCUGGCGGAAUCGACGGGCCUAUUAGCUGUUAAUGAUGAAGUCUUAGAGGUAAACGGAAUCGAAGUUUUUGGUAAAACAUUAGAUCAAGUUACCGAUAUGAUGGUCGCGAACAGUUCAAAUUUGAUAAUUACCGUUAAACCGGCAAAUCAAAGGACCGUCGGACCACCGGUUCGAAGAAACAGUUUUAGUCGAAAUUCCCAAGUUUCUAGUGGAUCACAACAUUCGGCAACAACGGCCGGUUCCGAUCCUGAAGACAAAUACGAUAAUGAUGAAAUUGUUGAUUUAACAGCUGGUUUAACACUGGACGAAACUGUAACGAGGGAAGAGGGAGGAAUAUUACAUUUAUAAGAUGUUUUUUUUAAUGCUCAAUUUGCGAGUUCUUUUUAUUUCAUCUUAAAUAGUUAAUUCUAAAUUAUUUGAAUUAACUGAAUUGAUUUAAUACUUAUAAAUGGGAACUAUAAGACUUUUUCCAACAUUCCGUAAUGUUAAUAAGUAAAAAAAGUAUAGUAACAAUGUAUUUUUUUGAGUACUUACCAUUUAUUUAAAUUUAGGAAUUAAUUAAAAAAAAGUGAUUGACGAAUUGAAUCAAUGAUUCAUAUCUACUUGUUUAAAGAAAAAAAUUAUACAUAGAUAUUCAAAUGAGAGAAACAUAUGUACUUAAAAGCUAUUAUUUUUUUUAUUUUUCACUUUAUAUCUUUAUUCAGUAUUUAAGAUUUGUAUUAU